UUAGCCAUUGGCCAGUCCCUUUUAUAGUAGUGCCUCAAUUUCUUAAAAAUAUUGUCAAAUAAGUAUUGUUGCAAGUUGUCAGCAUAUGUAAAUGUAGUACGUACAGUACUUUUCGCGAAAAAAAACAAUUAGAGUAUAUGUUUAAUGAUUACCAAAUAAAUAACUCGUACGUAUUUAUUAAGUGUUUUGUUUGUGUUUAAGUGAAAGAGACAUAUGUGUACAGAAAAUGUCUUUAAGACGAUUUAUGCAUGAGAAAAACAGGUACAAAGAGGAACCGAAUUUCAAGCAACUUGCUAUUUUGUAUCCUGGAUUCCGCAAGAUUACUAUUACUGAUGUGUCAGGAAAGGUAAAAAUCAAUUUCAAAGAUGUAGAAAGUUUAAGAGUUUUGACCAAAACGCUGCUGGCCCAUGACUUCCAGUUAAAUGUAGACAUACCUCCGAAGCAUUUAGUACCUGCGCUGCCAUUAAGAUUGAAUUAUAUUUUAUGGAUUGAAGAUCUUUUAAAACAUAUUGGUAUUGAUGAUCUGACAUCUAUUCAUGGAAUAGAUAUUGGUACUGGUGCUUUGUGCAUAUAUCCCUUGCUUUUUGCACAAAUUUAUAAAAGCAAUAUGAUUGCCUCAGAAAUAGAUCCAGAAAGUGUUGAUUCUGCAUUGAAAAAUAUUGUAAACAACAAUUUACAAGACCUCAUAAAAGUUGUUCUGGUCAAUAAAGAAUCAAUCCUUAAUGAGAUUCUGCAAAAAAAUGAUACAUAUGAUUUUUUAAUGUGUAAUCCGCCAUUUUUCAAGACUGACAAAGGUUUGGGAAAGAAAAUCAAACUGGAACCACCGAGGAAUGCACCCACUGGUAAUGAAGGGGAACUAUCAGUUAAAGGUGGUGAAAGAGAAUUUAUUUUACGCUUAAUUAAUGAAAGCCUUGAGCACAAGAACAAAGUAAAAAUUUACACUACCAUGUUUGGCCAAAAAAGUACCUUAGGUUUUUUAAGGGCUGAGUUGUCAAAAAGUAACAUUCAUAAUAGCACUUGGACAGAGUUCUGCCAAGGUUUUACUAAAAGAUGGGGGAUAGCUUGGACAUUUGCACUGCAAGAAGAAAUAAACUUAAAGACUGCACCUGUGAUAAGAACAAGGACUGAAGUACAGAAAAUAAAGAAAAACAAAUCUAUGGAAAUAGUUUUUCCUGCCAAAGAAAACUUGAGUUGUCUAGAUGAAGUUGUCUCUUCCUUGAAAACAUGGAUAACAGAAUUACAAAUUGAAAUAAAAGAAAUAGAAUUAGAUGAUGAUGAUUGUUGGGCUUGUCAACUCAAAAGUUAUAGUGACACAUGGACUCAUGCGAGAAGAAAACGACGUAUGUUUAUGUGUGGAACACCUUUAAAAAAGCAAUGCCUAGACGAAAGUGCUAAUUUAAAUAACGCAACUAAAUCAUCAAAAGGCACUGAUUUAGAAUUAACAAAAAACGAAGUUACGGCUAUAGAUACUAAGGAGCCAAUUUUAGUUUGUACUCUUCUUGUUGGAGAAAAGUACGAAAAUGACAAAGAAGACGAAAAUAAAGAUGACAGUGAAAGUGAUAGCACAAUUAAUAAAAAAAUGCUUAGGAUUUGUAUGGUGUUUGAAAGCGGCACUGGUGGUAAAUUAAACCUUGAGACUUUGCGUCAGUAUCUAGUUAAUAAAUUAAAUAUUCGUGAAUUUUUUCGCAAACAACAACCAAGUAAACCAAACAAGAAAAAAAGGAGAGAAAAAAAGAUGGGUAAAACAGCAUGGAAUACAAUUGUAGACCUGAAAUAA